UUUUUUUACAUGAAGUUUCAACCGACACUCCGCUUCUAGUGAAAUCGGAUAUUCAAUUCUAACAAGCAGAAGCUCAAUUUCGAAAGAUGGGGAGCAGUGAAGGUCAGCAAACGUUUUGUUUGAAAUGGAAUCACCACAAGACGAACCUCGUCGAGAUCCUGGACGCGUUGAUAAAGGUCGAGACGUACGUAGACUGCACGAUUGUCGUCGACGACCAAGUCACCUUUAAGGCACACAGAGUAGUGCUCGCAGCCAACUCCCCUUACUUCCAGUCAAUACUAGCAGACGUUCCCAUGGAUCACUGCAGUAUUCUCUUUCCCGGUGUAAAAGAGUUUGAAAUGCGCGCCCUAUUGGAAUAUAUGUAUACAGGCGAAGUGAACGUCACGCAGGCGCAUAUUCCGAGAAUUAUGAAAGUAGCUGAGCAACUUGAAGUUAAGGGUUUGUUUGACAUGACAGAGUUACGAAGAAGGCCCGGAAGCACGGAGAGAACGCCAGCGGCUUCGCCCCCGCGCGUCGUUCCUGCAGCGCCAUCUAGUAUCUCCCCGCCUGCACCGAUCACUCGUUGGCCGCCGCCGCCAACCGCACCUCUACUGUCCGCAGCUUACGACUCGGCCGAUAUGAAUCCGUUAAAACGUAAAAAACUCUCAAGUAUGCUCGCUACUCGCGACACCCCUAUCCUCAGAAACGUCCUCGCCCAGACCACUUCUGUAGACUCGUCACAACCUAUAUCGCUAGUAUGUCACCCUAUCAAUCAUAACGAAUCCACUCGUCUGCAUUCCAACGACUCCACGCACGAGCCUGAGAGAGCUGGCAGCCCGCAACGUCCGUUCGACUACCGUCCUCGCAGAUUAUCAUCAAGGGCAUCAUCACCUCAUUACAAUCGUUCAGAUCGGUCAGAAGAUGCACAUUCGCCAUACACAGAACGUUCAUUUGAAGAAGACACUCAGCGCAGUUUUCAUCCCUCGUCACCUCCUACUAAUUUCCAACAGGAUGUUAGAGGUGGAUUAGCCCCGUAUGUGCCGCCUCAACAAAAGCCCGAAUGGAAAAGAUACAAGCAAUACACACGAUCGGAUAUUAUGAGCGCUAUCGAAUGCGUUAGAAACGGUAUGAGUGCUUUGCAAGCGUCUCGUAAAUAUGGCGUCCCAUCCCGUACGUUGUACGACAAAGUAAAGAAACUGGGCAUUACGACCAGUCGGCCAAUGAGCCGUGGCGUGAAGAGGGAGCCUAAUGGAGCCGCUUUCCCGUACGGAUUAAGUGGCACAGGAGGUGAUGAUGGUAAUCCAACUACCCCUCUUAUCGACCCUUCGUUUCUGCAGCAGGCCUUAGAAGGUGCCACGAGAGAUGGUGGUAGAGAGGCUCUUCAUGCAAUGGCUCUCGCUGCGGCCGCCCAUGCUGCUCUCACUCCAAGGACACCACCAAGAUCGUCACCGCAUUCACCUCGUACCCCACCUCCUGAUGAAGACCACGUUGAAGACCUAUCAGUUUCAAGACGUCGCGACCAUGACCCACCAGCGGGCGUGAUCGUUCCGCCUCGUAACUUUGCUCUUGAUUGCAGCAGUGAAAGAGAUUGA